GUGGUGUUUUUUUUUCUCUUCUAUUCUAAACCAACCCAACAACCUGUGUGACUGGCCAGCUAGAAGAGCAAGUGGCCAAACCAAGACUGGAGUGGAUUAUAGCUUGGACUUUAUGUCAGAUACUGAACCCACUAGGUAGGAGCCUAGGUUAGUUCAGAACACUCCGUUAGUGUUUGGAGACUCUUUGACAUUGCAAGUGUGUAGAUUUCUUGGGAGUUGUAUUUGAGACGGUCUUUGGGGAGUACCUUCUUCUCUCCCUCGCUGUCGUUGCUCUCACACGUCUUGGGUGUGUGGAUGUUUGGUAGAGAAUGAUCAUGGAGACAUUGACGUACACUCAGCUUGUGCCGUGCUUUGAUCCGAUGCGGAUUGCGUUUUAUCAUGAAGGGAAUGCAACACUACGAAGUGACGACAUGAGAUCGGAGUCUUCCAAGGAGCUGCCGUCUCGCGUCAAUCGGCAGCGACGGAGUACGGAGAGGAGAGAGUUGGCGCAGGUGUUGCGCUUUGAUGAGCUUCACAACGGCAGCAGCAGCAGCAGCAGGACAGCAGCAGCGACUCUGAUGGAGACGGCUGCUGCAGUAUCAACUCGCUGUGCAGGGACACAAACAGAAAUAACUACCAUGAGACUUGAAGAAACAGACGUCGUGGGCAUUCCAGAAGUCAACCCAGCUCUCCCGACCCCUAGCACUUCGCAUCUCACUCCUUCCCCCACGCACCUCCCCAGCCUGCCCAGCAGCAAGGAGACGCAACAACUUCGGCCGUCUGUGAUAACCUGCGCACCGUCGCAGUCAAGAGAGGGCGCUGUGCGGGAAGGCCACGGAAACAGCCCGGCGUACGGGAGGACCAACGGUUACACGUCAACAUCAUCAUCGGCAGCGAUUCAAACAAAUUGCCAUCGUCGAGAAAUAUCACUAGGAGUUUGUGACCCAGUUAUCGAGGAGCACUUUCGGAGGAGUCUUGGUAAGGACUACAAGGAGAACUAUGGCGCCCCAAAGCCUUCUAGUUCCAACGACGGAGUCGUUACGAUGAUCACCGGCUCUGUGGAUGACCAUUUUGCUAAAGCAUUAGGCGAUAAAUGGCCGCAGAUAAAGAAUGUUAUCGAACCGGCCGGUCAGUCCCCGCCGUCAUCGCCCCAUGUCGUUCAUCAAGCGUCAGUAAUGUCUACGUAACACUGCAUCAAAACACAUUCAAUAUAGGUAUAAUCGACGUUGUUUCUGUUGUAUGCACAAGGCUGUGCAAUUUUGCUGUCUAAACUGUGGUGCCAGUGUCCCAGGCAAUUCUGUCCGAUGAUGAUUCUGUCCCUCAUAUAUGGGAAAUUAACAUGGCUGGAAGAGGAUGACUCAAAAGAGGGCGCUAUCAGAAGAAGUUUGUACACAGUUUGGGGGACUGAAUCUCCGGGGGACCAGAAUCUCUUGCCGCAGCGGCCUGAUACAUUGUUCUUGUGAGAGGUGAGGUAGUUUUCCCCCGAAAGUAAAGAGCACCUUGUAUAAAUAUGAGGGAAAUGUAAAAUUUUAAUAUUCACUGGUCGUACGGUUGCAGAGAUCAUUCCAAUUCGUCAAAGCUAGCAUCAAGAGGCUGGUCAGCCAUAUAAUUUCAUCAAUUGUACAAAAUGGAAGUACAUUUUAAGUAAUAGAAAUUCAACUGAAGUAUAGUGAAAAUGUAGUCUUGAAAAACGGCUACAAAUAAAAUAGGGCUUCAAAAACAAACCUAAAUGAGAAAAAUGAAAUCAAGUUUUCACAAAAAUUAAAUUAAUUGCAAUAGUUGCUAAAUAGAAACCAAUAAAAUAAGUUUGACCAAAUGAGGGAAACAAUACAUGAAUUUGAAUGCAUUUUAACGACUUUGAACUCAAAUUUGUUGAAUUGACCGGGAAGACCUAGAGGUAUUUGAGCAAUUUUAUGUGGAUGUUUUGACUUGAACACUGCUGGUGAAAUAAGCUGUGAGCACUAUGAAUGACCAAAAUAUAGAAAUAUAAAUGCAUCAAAGUUUGCUCUGAAUUUAUUAACUAAAAAUGGAUUUUAUAAUAUUUAGCUCUUUAUGAAAAUACAAGUAUUGGACACAGUGAUGUUUGAUCGUGUUGACUUUUAAAUGAAAAGGAAUUUUUGUUCAUUUCCUCUGAUAGUUGAGUAGAUAUGGUGACCAAUGAAAUUAUUUCCAAUAAUAUAAUUAAAAAAAUAUUUAUGAAGUUUUCAAUAUUUUUCAACACUUAAACCUUGAUAAAAUUGACCAAGUGCGCAAUUCAAGAAACUAUCCGGCACUGACUUUUAACAUUAAGUUUGUUUAGAGCUACAUGUACAUUUCUUAAAAUUCACGCUCUAUUCGAUACCCUUUUAUGUUGUGAUUAUGAAUUAUUACUUGGGACCAUUUUUCACUUUGCAUCAAUGCACUCUGGUGUAUCGUAAUGUGAUCACAUUUUAAAAUUUUAUUAAAAUUCUAAAAACAAACUACAUAAAACAAAUAUUGUAACUAACUGAAAUGUUGCUUUUUAAGUUACCUCUUAAAGGGUCUAUGUUACUUUUGUAGGACAAAAAAACACAAUGUCCACAGAUUUACAUUAAACUUACACA